AUGGCGAGGCCUGCGCCCAGAUACUACAGCGACAGCGACACAGAUGUCAGUUCCUAUGGAUACAACUUGACGGCCGAGGAGGAGGAGGAAAUCUCCGCUCUCAUCGACUCCAUCUCGCCACCAACACCACCAGCACCACCAACAUCCCGUCCGGCAACUGGAGGACGCGCUUUGCCCCAAACCAAUGCGACUCCUUUCCCCCACUCUUGCGCUCCUCCUCGCUCCUCCUUAAAGCACUCUACUACCACAAUAGUCGCUGCUGAUCCUGCCUACGACAACUUCUUGGCCGAGGACGAGCUCUCUGCCCCAUCCUUCGACAUCCACUCCGAGAUCGAUAACGCAGUCCACCGUCACAUCGCCGUCAAGCCAGAUCCCGACGAGAGCGCGCGUGUCAUCCCGUUUUUCAAUGCUUCGUCAUCAGAUAGCAAGUCACGCCUCGCACCUUCUGUCCGCAACGACAACCCUCGGCUUGCCACGUUUGUCGCCGAUUCCAAGGCACCCGUUGACUCGGACGUACGCUACCCGGAUUUAAGCAGUGCGCUGUCAGGAUUGCAACCACAUGAUGAGCCUUCUGGGUCCCCAUCCAACACGCCUGCUAGCCAGGCUGGAACCCCUAGGAAGAGAGGCCGACCGAAACGAUCAACCCUGGAAAAGAACCUGGUGAUCGAGGACACCCGGUCGCCCAUCCUUCGUUUCCGAACAUUCCCCAAGAAGCCCUUUUCCGUUACUGAUCUCACGUCCGGCGCCUGGUGUGAGCUGCAAUACUACUAUGUUUUAAGUAAGCUCCCAGGCGGGAAGAGGACGCAAACACAGGCCAUGAAGGGGGGCACUGCGAUCCACGAGAAACUAGAGCGUGAGAUCUACACCCCAGUCUCCGUCGAGAUCACCAAACCCGAGGACAACUUCGGCCUCAAGAUCUGGAACAUCAUCACAGGUCUACGCACUCUGCGCGACACCGGCUUGACCCGCGAGCUGGAGGUAUGGGGCAUCCUCGACGACGGCCUCGUCGUCAACGGCGUCAUCGACGGGCUGAGCUACGAGAACCCGGACCCAACCCUCGAGGAGGAAGUCCUCAGCAGUCGGUCAAGCCAAGUCACCGACAAGCAACUCUCCCAACAGCAGGCCGAAAUCACGGAUUUCUUCCCGCCCGAAGUCGCCGACAAGCGCGAGAUCUUCAUCACGGACGUCAAGACGAGAGGAUCCAAGAAACCACCUACCAAAGCCGCCAUGCGCGUCACCAUCAUCCAGCUGUUCCUCUAUCAUCGCUUCCUCUCCGACAUGGCAUCUGGCAAACUCAACUACUGGCGCGUCUUUGAACGCUACGGCAUCGACCCCGAUGAACCCUUCUCUGACGCCUUUAUGGCGCAGAUGGGCGCUCUCCACGAAGAACUCUUUUCCGAUACCACCUCACAACCUGACUACGUCAGCGCCGCAUCCACCACCUCCGAGUCGGAAGCCCCUGAAGCGGGGGUCUCACACGACGUCGACAAUGACGACCUAGAAUCCACGGUCUCUUCACACGCCUUUGACUCACUCAAAUACCGCACCCUCCGAGACCUCGUCUCCCUCCUGAAAAUCGAGCUCCAACUCACCUUCCCCCGCGGCGGCGCUUCUCUGGGGCAGAUCGUAGCCGUGGAGUUCCGGUACCGGGCUCUGGAUCCUGUUCGCAUUGUGAACGAAGAAAACCAAUACGAAGAAAUAGAAGACCCGGAAAACGGAUCCGUCAUCUGCGUCAAUACGUUCUGGGUCGAGCCGGAAACGCUCGAUAUGUACCUGCAGGACGACCUGCAGUGGUGGAAGGGCGAAAGGGACCCGAGGGGUGUGCCCGUGGAGGAGUCGUACAAGUGCCAGAUGUGCGAGUUUGCGGGCGAGUGCGAUUGGCGCAUGAGCUGGAGCAGGAGACGAUGA